CAGAAAUAGUCAGCCAAACAUUCAUUUACGUUAAGUAUUUUAUUUUAGAGAAGCUUCAAAGAUUUUUCAAUCUUUCACUCUUUGGAAAAAUUAUUUAUCUUAAAUCUAAUGCUUAUUUUAAUAUAAAAUUCACCCACUAUUCAUCAGUUGUAGUAGUUUUAUGAAAUUAUGGGUGCAUUAGUUAAAACUAAAGAUGCUUUUUCCUCUGCUAACUUACUUUUGACCGUUUGUGCUGCGUCUUUACUUGUAUAUGUAUCCUGGGAGCUCCUCCAAAGCUCUUUAUUUCAAAUCCUAAAGAGUGUAUUUGGAGGUAUUUUACUUGUCUACUACUCAUGGGAAAUUAUAUAUUUUGAUAGCAUGAUGCCAGGAAUCCAACCAGCCUCUCCACUAUCACCUUCACCAAUUAAAAAAAUAUCUGGUCCCACUUUGCAUCUGAAUUACACAUUAGCUGUAGUGAUUGGAGUAUUUUUUACUCUCUUUAUCAACUGGUACACCUGAAUUCCAACAACAACAAAAAUGUCCUUUUUACCAAAUUAUUUACCAAAGUUCUUUGGCUAUUUUUUUAUAAUUUUAUAACUGAAUCAGCCUCUUUAGUGUUAUUAAUAUCAGUAUUGUAAAGAAAUCUCACUUUCCUACAUAUCAAUAACUAUAUUGUUUUUAUGCACAGAAAUGAUACAUAUCUUUUUAUUGUUUUGUUGUUUGAAUUAUUAAGUUUUAUUUUAAUCCAUCAUUAUAUCUUGUGAUACUGUGCCUUCAUAUGAUUGAAAAAUUAUUUGUAAGAUACAAAGUUCUCCCUAGCAGGGCAGGGUGCUUCUUCUCAGAAAAGGGCAAUUUGAGUUUCGAAAAGCACACCGUAAAAAUGUGUAGUGUAGUGUAAUAACUGAGUUUUAUCCUCAACGAUUUUUAAAUUACUCUAUUAAUUUAUGGGCCUAUUUCAAAAAAUAAUGCUCUUUCAUUAUCAAAUUAAGAGAAAAAUUUAUAGUUUUCAAAAAAAGUAUAAUUAAAGUCAUCUUAAAAGACAAUGACUGUGCACAAAUUUUUUCAAAAAAAGUAAACUGAGGAAAAUGAUUAAUUGAUUAACAACUUGAAUGCUUUUUCUAUAAUUUAAAUUGAAAAUUAUGAGAAAAUAAACAUUCAAAAGUGCAUUUAAGAAAAAAAAAGAUAUUUAUUUGAAAAAUUUGACAUCACUUAAAAAAAAUCCUCCCGAAAAAAGAGAUACUUAUAAAAAAAAAAUUUAAAAAAAGCAGUUGGAAAUUAUCCUAACAAAAUAAAUGCUUGUAAUUCUAAUUAGAAUUAAACCUAUAAACACAAAUAAUUUCACCAUUGUGUAAUUAUUAUUUAAGCAGUGAAUUAAUUUUUAUCAAAAUAGAAGGCUUUGUUUUAAAGGGAUGGCGGCUUAUAUUUACAAAAAGGUCAAAGAGGGUGUAUUUAUAAGGAUUACAUGACAGGUAGACAGAGAACACUCUAAGAUAAAUCAUAAAUUUUGCUUUACCAAAAAAGUUUUGAAUUGUAAUUGUGAUCAUGAUUUGAAAUUCUUUUUAAUCUGCAUGUUUGUUUUAGAAAUGUUGAGAAUGGUUUUUUUUUUUUUUUUUAUAAGAGGUUAGGCAUAAUUUUCAUGUACUAGUUUUAAGAAAACAUUCUGAUGUAAUGCAUCUAUAAAAAUGUGGAAUGAGGCUCUGAAAAAGAUUUAUUAUUUAUAGUAAUAAAGUUUU